UGUCGCCCCUAAAGGUUUCCCCCGCAUCGGAACCGCCGGCUGACCUGCGGAUCCUCCCGGGAAACCGGAGCCCGGCACGGCCCCUCGGCUCCCGGCACGGCCCCUCGGCCCCCGGCACGGCCCCUCGGCUCCCGGCACGGCCCCUCGGCCCCAGGCACGGCCCCUCGGCCCCCGGCCCCGCUCCGAGGGUGAUUCCUGCAUCCGUGGUGCGUUUUGAGUCUGGAAGGGGAGAGCCAUGGCGGUGAAUACCCGGAAGCAUCCCCUGGGCAUUCCCCCACCAUCUGGAAAGGACUGGCCAAAGGAAGAUGAGGAAAAUUUCUUCCUGCUGGAUCCUGAUCGAAAGCGUGAUGUGCUGCCGCAGCCCUUCAGGAUGAUCAACAAACUGGUGAUGCAGGUUUUUGAGAGUGCCGUGGAAAUCAUUGAAAAAAGGGAGAUGCUCCGAGAAGCACAAAAACGAAAGGUCCAGCCCAAAAAAUGCUUUCCUACAGCUGAAUUCCAGGUAACUGAAAGAGCCAAUUGCCUUGCAGUGUCUGGAAAACAUGUCUUUGUCGGUCUGUCUGUGGGUCUGGCUGCCUUCAACAUGUGUGACUUCAAGGAUGUCUGUGCUUGGAAUGAAGCCAAGACAGAGAUCUGUGCCAUCCAUGCCUCGGAUUUGGGGAAUGAGUGCCAUGUCCUGCUUGCUGUGGAUGAAAUGGGGCUUGCCUGGCUCUUCUGCUUUCACAAGGAAAGCUUCCUGCUCAUUAAAAUCCUGAAUGAAGUGGAGGACAUCAGCCAGCAAAGCCCUUGUGUGGAGGUGGUGCUGUCCCGAGGAGGUGAAUAUGCAGGAAUCCUGCUGCAAGGCAAUACAAAAGCUUGGCUGGAGAUCUACCAGUUGCCUAAGGAUUCCUGGCUGACAGAGAUGGGAAAGAACGCAGGAGCUGCAGAAGAACUGGCUUGCAGUGAGAGGAGGUCAAGCUGCUCAUCUGUGGAGCUUCCUGUGUCUGCAAUCCAAGCUGAUGUAAAGCUGGAUCCCCCAGUGCUGCUGCUGACAGUGAGGCCACCCAAACCCAUUACAGGCACUAGUUUUAAAGGCCCUUUGGAUGCCUUGAAGGAAGUGGAUGAUGGCAGCAUGCUUGGCUUGGGGUACAACCACCUAAUCAAGGAUUCCCAGUGGGAGCUGCAGGAAGCAAUCUUCUGUAGCACUUACCAGGAGUAUCUGGAGGCUGAGGGUGUGAUCAAGGAGGAGAUCCCCAAAUAUGCUACCUUUCAUUUCCUCCUUCCUAGCCGGAUCCUGGUGGGACCAGAAAUGAAAGUACAGCCAGAUAUUCCAGUUGGCAUUGGUGUGCAUUGGCAUGGGAACCACAAUUUCUGCUUGUACUUACUCAACCAUUCACUCAAGGACAAAGAGGGUUCUGAUCUGAAACCUGAUGUUGUGUGGCCAUGUGCAGCUCCAAUUGCAUGCUCGGCUGUCAGUUCCUGCUCCAGGUACCUGGCACUGGCAGGUGAAGAUGCAACAAUCACUAUUUGGGAUAAGCACCUAGGAUACCCACUGUCUGUGACUGCCAUUCUAGAGGAACGUUUAAUCCGUAGUAUCCACUUUCUGUGUGAUUCUGCAGCUGCCAGUGAUGAGACAUGUGGUACAGAUCCUGUCUAUUGUGGUGCAGAUCCUGUCUAUCCCAUCAUACAGCUUCUAGUUCUGUGUACAGACAGCUCUUUCUAUUUGGUGAAAGCACCCAGGGCUGGGAAGUCCAGCAUCACACUCCUGGCAGACAGGCCUGAAAAUCCAAAUCUUACUGUCAGUGCAGUGAUGCCUGUCCUGGCCUUCCCCAGUGCAGUCCUGAUCUUCACCUGGGAUGGCACAGUGUCCCUGAUGAACACUGACACAUCACAGACUGUUUACUGCUUCUGCACUCCACCUUCUCAUGCUGUAGCACCUGCCUGGCAGCCAGUGUUCACAGUGGAUUGUGUGAACUGCUGCUUGCUGCUCCGAGGAGAUGAGCACCAGCAGGCAGAUGAAUUUUUCCAGAGCAAAGCCACUCACAGCACCAUCUUCCUUUUUGACUUUAACUCCUACCCACUGAGGGAAGCUUUCCCAAAGAAACCAGAUUUGCCUCUCAAACCCAUGCAGGAACUGCAGUGGAUUGAGAGAUGUAACAUUUUUUUACGUAAUAGGUUUCGCUUUCUGCCUGAGAGGCAGCAGGUACUGCUGGAAAUGGAGAAUCAGGAAUACUGGGAUUGUCUGCAGGCACAGGCAGCUGCCAUGGACAGUGAGAGAGAGAAAGUGAAGGGAAAGAAGAAGCAGUAGCCAGCCUUGCAUCCUGAGGGCCAGGCUCAUGAUCCAGCAAUGACAUUUUGAUAGACACUCUAUUGCAAUCAUCUCUCUCCCAGAGACCUGGAACAUCAGAGCAAUCUGGUAUGUUACAAUAAUAGGGUGUACCUUAAUAAAGCCUUUCUUCCAUUAAAAGUCUCUUGCUUUUCAUAGAA